AUGGAAACAGUCGAGUAUGAAACAAGCGUGCGUCUGCCAAUAUCUCAAAAAAUCUUUGACUUGAUGAUAGAAAGCUUCUCCAAAGACCACCAAGACAAGUCGCUGAUCCUGCAUUACAAUGACACGAUCUUCCCCAACUCUGACAGCAACGCCUAUCCAAGUUACCGUUUGGCAGGUAAUACAUUCCAACUAAAACAAUGUAUCCACCGCUUAAAUUUGCUUAAAGUAAUCGUCUGCAAAAACAAGGAAGAAAAAACUCCCAACAAAGAAGACAACAAUACCAAGGUAAUGUUCAUUCCAUUUACCCGGACAACUGCCAAAGAAACAAUCGCAGAAGCUUCUGAUAAAUUCAGCACAAUCCAGGACCUGAUAAUCCGCUACACACUAUAUAAGCGAAACAAUAUCCGCGUCUGCGUAGAAAAAAUAUCCCAGCUUCAAGGCGGCGCUUAUUACUUCUCUGCAGAAAUAGAGUACGACCGUGACUACACAAAAAUAAACUACGAAGAAUUUACAAAAAUGGAAAGUACAUUUUGGGAAUUAUUAUCUAGCACUUACCUGUAUAAAUUUUAUCACUUGCUGGAUACAAAUGCGAUGUACAAUUAUGUAGAAUUGUCUCAGCUGUUGAACAUACCUUGCCGGAAAUUUUCUCCAAUUCACGAGUACUCUUGUAAUUUAAUUGAUUAUAAAUUAAAGUACAAAUUUGACGGGUACAAAGGAAGGAUGAUAAAUAAUAAUUUAAAAAAAAACACUAUUAUUUUUUGGGAUGACAUGCACAACACUGGAGAAAUUUCUUCUGGAUUUUUAAAUGAAUUUCCGCAUGUCAUUUUUCAGUACGAAGUUAUUCCUGACAAGCGGUGGAUUAUUUUCACUGACAUAAUUGGUGUAAUUUUCCACAAACAAUUGUACAUGCCGGAGCCAAAUGACGUUUUGGAAUUCUUUUCUUCAUUUCCAAAGCGCGAAAUUAAUCACCCGCUUCUAGACGAUUCUCUUAACUGCCGGUCGUUUAAUUUUGUAAUUCCCGACGGCCAUGUUAGCGACCAGGUGGCGCUGAGCGACGAAUUUCAAAUUGGUGUUCAGUUCGUUAUUCAAGAUGGCGACGAUUUUGAUUACUUCUCCGCGAGUUUUAUUGACCAGACGGAUGGAUUUAUUAUUGUGUGCAAUAAUCGGGAGUAUAAGUAUAAAAUUCCGACGCUGGAUGUGAGAAUUAAAAGUGAAAUGGCUUAUUUGGAUGAAAGUUUGACGCCGAUUUUUGAAAAGAAGCUCAGUGCGUCGUUUUUGCUGAAUCCGCAGUCGAUUUAUGAAAUCACUUUGAGGAAAGGACAAGUUCUUAUUCUUCGGGAAAGAUUUGAGAGACAGUUUACUUCUAAUUUGGAUGAGUUUGAAGCUUUUAAACGUGAGUUGGAAUUUAUGUCACAGCAAUUACGAUCUCUUCAACAGUAA